GUAUCUUUGGUGAAAUGUGUCAAACAUGGCUGUUAGCCAGUAGCAACAAAUAGGUAGUUUUUAAAUACAAGUAUAUUUUCAGUAUCUAAACAUGAUGCAAGAAGAUUCUAACGGAGAAUCGACUUUCGAAUUUGUCGACAAAAAAUCUGAUAAUGGAUUGACACAAGAUAAAAUGGAAAAAAAUACAGAGUCAGGAAGUGGAAUGUCAUUGCCUUUGAGUGCUGGUAGUUUGCUGUCCAAUGUGCCACCACCAUCUGAGCUACCAAGUUUUAUAUCUCCACCAGCAGAUACAGUUUUAAAACCAGUUACUACACAGGCAGCACCAAUUUUCCAUGAAACAAAGUUCAGUCCUGUUAUACCCCAAAGUAAAGGAGCUGAAAUGGUGCCUCCCCUGACACAAGAUGUACCUGCUGCAGGUGAUAGUGGAAGUGGUAGUAACAGUAGUGGUGGUUUGUUUGAUUGGGUGAAGGGAGCAGUUGGAAGUGGGAGUCUUUUAUCAAAAGUUGCAGAGAGAGCCAAAAAUUCUGUUGAUUCCAUGAUAACUACUUUGGACCCACAGAUGAGAGAAUUUUUACAUUCUGGUGGUGAUAUUGAUAUUGUGGUUGCAUCAGACAAAGAAAUUAAAAUAAGCCCAGUUAGAGAAGCUUUCCAGGCAGUUUUUGGCAAAGCUACUGUUACGGGACUACCAGCACAAGCAGUAACUGUUGCUGCACAACCAGUUGGUUAUGGCUCGGCAUUCAAAGCAGCAGAAGAAAGGAUACACUCAGUUCGUACAAGUGGUAAAGUUCAUGAGAACCAACCUGUAGUUGCUGUGGAAAAUUUUAUUGUGGAGGCUGCUGAAGGACAGUGGUACGACUUAGGCUUGCUAACAUUGGAUGACCCUGGUCACAAAAUAACUCUACACACUUUUACUGGAACAACACCUGUACCAUCCACUGUUGUGGAUUUAGCAAGGGAUGACACACCUUCUGAUUAUCCUCUGCUGAGUUCGGGCUAUGCUGUGACUAUUGGAAGCCUGAUGGCCAGCAAUUUGGAGGUGCAUCACUCAGAGUGGCAUCAGGCAGUGAGUGGUGUUUCCAGACGUGACCAUUUGCUUUUGGCAGCAAGGGUGCUUGCAGGACUGUACAAGAACAGUGUUGGCAGCAUGCUAUAGUUUUCUGUGACUAACAUAUGCGCCUUAAUAUUAUCAGUUCAGAAAAAUCACUUUGUAAACCAUGUGCUGAUUAUGUAUGAAUUCUGAAGUAAUGAUACAAUGAAAAAGUACAGGAAAAUUUGGACUGAACAUUUUCCUGUGAUUUACACUUAUUUUCUUAUGUGCUCAUUUCUUGCCUAAAAAUGAAGAUAUCCCCUUCACAAUACAAUAGUUACAGAUGUCCUUUGAUAUUAAAAACUGAUAUAAACAAAUAAGCAAAAUGUAACAUUGGGCUAUCUCUCUCUGUACCCCUUUCAGCACAUUUAUCUUUUUGUUGUGCUCUCCCCACCAUGUAAUUAAAUUUCGUAGUUUAUUUUAACAUUUUUAUAUUUUUCAGUUGGGGAAGAAGCAAUGUACUGUACUUACUGUGAAUGUUUUUAAUGCAUGUAUAUAUAUUACUGUGAUUUUAUGAAGAAUGAAAUUUGUAAUUUUGAGUCUCAGUAGCUUUAGUUAUGUAUUAGUAUGUAAGAACUGGCUUGUCUGCUGAAGUUUGACUUGGCAUGAAAGUUUUUUGUCUGUUUAUAACUGCAAAGAAGUUGUUUAUUAUUAAUUUUUAUUUGACCAUGUAAUAAAUGUGAUACUUUUCAACUUUCCCAGUAAUAAUACUACACUACCUUAACAAAUUCCAAGAAUUGUAAAACUGCCUUGUAUAUCUUGGCAGAUCGAAUUGUAAUAUGGGAAAUAUAAUAGAAAUCCCCUCUUAGGUCUGUGGUAUUUGUGUAAUCAGAAUUUUAAGAGAAACAAUGAAAUUGUUUUAGGAAUAUUGCACUGGAAGUGAUUUUCUUGCUAGUAAAUGCCAACAAUAGUGGUGUACAGUCAGAUCUGUGAGCACUUACUGCAGACAACAUUGGCCUAUUUAGUUAAACAUUUGUUGUAGAGAUGGAAUGUUUUUGUACCAAAGACAUUUUCUAAAGCUUUAUUAACACUUCUAGAAAUUUUUCUCAUGCCAUAAUCUCGGAUGGUCCUCCCACUACCUAUACUUCAGUAAAGGCUAUACUUUGCAUUUAGUUCAUUCAUAUUUAUGGUCGGAAAUUAGGUUAAUAAGUAAAGGGAUGUCCAUUAAUUACACGAGUGAUUUUCCUUAAAAUUUGGAACCCCACCACAAUAUCCAUAGUCAAGCAAAAAUAUGUAAAAAUGAGUUUUAUUUGUUUUAAAUGUUCAUUGAUAAAACAGGAUUUUAUUAAAUUGUUUUUAAUCAAGUGUA